AUGCCUCCGCCCACCAAAAAGGUUGUAUCAUUUUGCACACACACCAUCCAUUCCGCAGUAACAGCCUCAGCAGCCCGAGCAGCCUCAGCGUCCCCACAGCCUGUGAGUGGCCAGGCCAGCGAAUCAGCCGGGCAACCCAUUCAGAUUCAGUCAACCAGUCCAGGAGACGAAGGCCCACACAGCCAGCCGCCAGGAGUGAGGAAAACUAAAAAAAUAAAUAAAAAGAACCCUAUUCGAGAUCCAACCGGACCGCGCAAACAGCGAAGCAUUCCUCCUCAUUACCCUUCUCACUCUCCGUGUCGUCUGUUUCUACAACACCGGGAAAACAUCGUCAGAGCGAAUAUCCACAACCAUCUACCAUCCGCCGACUUUCGUUCCCGAACUACAGAGGGGUCACGUUAAUCCGAUCAACCGACCAACCCCCUCCACCCCGCAGCUCAACGGUCGUUAUGGCGAGUCGGUAAAUUCAUCUUUCACAACAUCGUCUCUGGAUGCACAUUCCAGAGAACUUGUCCUUUCUCACCGGGAAGGGAGUAGACGACGACAACGACAACGGAGAUCACCACAAACACAACCGUUACCCCAACAAAAAGAAAAAACUCGAGUCAAUCGGUUAGUUGUCUGCGUCAACCACAACAACGGCAACUUCCUACACCACGAACGAACCACGCGGAGGGUAGAUAAUUGCCGUCGGUCGGUCACCGGGUGGGGGAAGUGGUGGGAUAUUGAACCGGCAAUCUGGGGAUUU